AUGCCUUUCUUCGACACGAAAAUACUAUCUCUUCGCGAUGAUUUACUCGCGAAAGACAAUGAACUUUUUAAAACAAUGGAAGAACGUUUCAAUCUCGUACAGGAAUUGAAUACAACCAAGGAUUCUGCACAUACGAUUAUUAAGUGUUUGAACAUAUCUCUCAAAGCAUCUUCUCACGCCAUUGCUCGCACCAUCAUAGAAAUGAUUGUUCGUGAACAUGUACAUUCUAUGAAUUUAGCUAUUGAAAAACGAAUGGAUAUGUUUCGUCGUGAAAUGAAUUAUUCAAAUCUCAGCUGGAAUACCAUUGAUCUUGUUAAAGAAGCGAAGAAGAGAACAUUUUGGAAGCCAAUGACCGUGGAACAACAAAAAGAUGCUGAUCUUCUUGUCAAAUAG